GAGAGAGAGAGCACUUGAAACGGUUUCACUCAGCAGAAAUCGCCACGCAUGCUCUAUCCUCCACUAUUGAACAUCAUCUUAUCAGCGCGAGCUCAGUGGAAAGGGACAGAAGUCAACGCUGCGCACUCCAGACCAUAUACAUCCGGUCAGACUAAUAUGCGACAGCCUAUACCUAGGCUACAUAUGGUUGAUUGACCAAGCUAUUAACAUUUGCUUUAUUCACCCUAGGACAACAUAUUUGAGUAUAUUACUAGGCCUAGGCUACGAUUGUGAAUUUGACAGACCAGGCUACAUUCGCAUCAACACCGCGUUUUAUCCUAAAGGAUGGCUGAAGCAGAACUACAGGCGUUUACGUCUAUGAUGGACGCACUCGUUCAAAUCAGCUCUAACAUGAAGAGUAUGGAGCGGGAGCUGCAUUGCCCGGUGUGUACUGAGAUGGUGAAGCAGCCCAUCAUCCUGCCGUGCCAGCACAGUGUGUGUCUGCUGUGUGCUGCUGAGGUGUUAAUCCAGAGAGGAUACCCUGCCCCAGACCUCCCCCCAGAGCCCAACUCCCCGGCCGCCUCCCCCAACACACGCUCCCCACGCGGGGCACGCAGACCCCCGCCCAAGACCACCGACCGCCUGGACCGCGUCCUCAGACCAGGUUUUGGGACGUACCCCGGGCGUCGUCGUAAGGACAUGUCUCCUGCCCCCAUGCUGUUCCCCUGUCCGUCCUGUCACAAGGAGGUGGAGCUGGGGGAGAGAGGACUGACCAAUUGCCUCAGGAAUCUCACAUUGGAACGCAUUGUAGAGAGGUACAGACACACAGUGAGCCUGGGCAGCGUGGCUAUAAUGUGUGGCUUCUGUAAGGCUCCUGAGUCCUUGGAGGCCACUAAGGGCUGUGCUGACUGCAGGUCCAACUUCUGCAACGAGUGUUUCAAGCUCUACCACCCCUGGGGUACGCUCCGCUCCCAGCACGAACACAUACUGCCCACCAACAACUUCAGACCCAAGGUCCUAACGUGUCUGGAGCAUGAGCAGGAGAGGUUGUUGUGGUACUGUCGCUCCUGCCAGAGGCUGCUGUGUCCUGUCUGUAAGCUCCACAGAGUCCACCACGGCCACAAGGUGGCGCCCAUCGCACAGGCCUGCCAGGCACUAAAGGACAAAAUCACCAAGGAGAUCAACUACAUUCUGGCCAAUCAAGACACAGUAAAGGCUCAGAUAACUCAGCUGGAGAGUGCCAUCACACACAUGGAGUUGAACAGUGCGUUGGCGAGGGAGCAGUUGUCCCAGUCUGUGAGGGAGCUGGGGGCGUCUCUAGUGGAGCGACAGGGAGCGUUGACCCUGGCCCUGGAGGGGGCCCGGCUGAGAGGGGAGGCCCUGUCGGCCCAGGUGUCUGAGAGGAGGGGUCUGCAGGAGCACGGCGGUUUAAUGGCCUACACACAGGAGCUGCUCAAAGAGACCGACCAACCCUGCUUCGUACAGGCCGCACGAAUCACCCACAACAGGCUGGUGAAAGCCAUAGAGAAUCUGCAGUGUUUCUCUCUCUCGGCUGAUCCCUCCUUCAGACACUUCCACAUGGACGCCUCCAGAGAAGUGAAACUCAUCAGCAGCAUGGGAUACAUAAGAGCCCCAUUGGCUCCUGUGAUUGACACUCAGCGCACACUGGCCUAUGACCAGCUGUUCCUGUGCUGGCGACUCCCCCAGGACUCCGCCCCUGCCUGGCACUUCUCCGUGGAGUUCCAGCGGCGAAUGGGAUUGACCGAGGCAGGCUGGGGAGGAGAGGUCAGGAGUCCCAAUACUCCACUGGUGUGGCAACGCCUGGAGGAGGUGGGCGGGACUAGUGCUGUGAUUGACAGGCUGGAGAUGGACAGUGUGUACGUGUUAAGGGUGAAAGGAAGCAAUAAGGCGGGGUUUGGAGAGUACAGCGAAGAGGUUUACCUGCACACACCACCCGCACCAGUGUUGUGUUUCUCUCUGGACUCUCGCUGGGGUUUGCAUGCUGACCGACUGGCUCUGGGUAAAGGACAGACGUAUGCCCGCAGCGUGCCCGGCCUCUCCCUUCUGCAGGCCGCUGACCGCUCCCUCACUUCCUGUCACCUGACCUCUGACCUCCUCAUAGGCGACCUGGCCAUCACCCAGGGAAGGCACUACUGGGCAUGCUCGGUGGAGCCCGGCUCCUACCUGGUCAAGGUGGGAGUUGGACAGGAGGCCAAGCUCCAGGAGUGGUUCCACCUUCCUCAGGACAUGGCCAGCCCCCGCUAUGACCCAGACAGUGGCCAUGACAGUGGGGCUGAGGAUUCCCCAGACUCCUCCCCUCCCUUCUGCUUCCUCACCAUGGGCAUGGGCAAGGUCCUCUUACCCCAGGGGGCAGCAAACUUACACCACAGUACCCAUGGGAACAACCAUGGCCCUCCUACUGCCCCCCUGCCCCCGCGCCUGGGGGUUUGUCUGGACUUCGAAAAGGGGCGGGUCACGUUCUACGACGCCCACUCGCUGCGUACCCUGUGGGAGGGGCAUGUGGAUUGCUCUGCCCCUGUGUGCCCGGCCUUUUGUUUCAUUGGUGGAGGGGCACUGCAGCUGCAGGAGCUGGUGGCCAAUCGGAGCACAGAGGAGCCACUGCACAGAAGGGUCACCAUCCAAUCACGCGCCACCAAUUUAGGUAACUGAAGAAGUAUGGAGUGGAAUGAUUUGGAAAGACCCUUCAUCAACUUGAUGUUUACUUGUUUAUGUUUAGGUUUCAUUUGUAAUGUCUGCAACUGUUGAUGAUGUACAUUUUGCAGAAUAGAAGAAUGUCAAUGUCCCGGAAUCCAGGGGAUUAUAAAGCGUUCUGCAGGUUACAUCAGGAUACGUGUAUUCUGUGAUUCCAACUGUUGCUGUGUUGCAUCUGACAAGGACUCAUGAGUGGGACGUUUAUUGUUAAAGGACUCAUGAGUGGGACGUUUAUUGUUAAUUGACUCAUGAGUGGGACGUUUACUGUUAAAGGACUCAUGAGUGGGACGUUUAUUGUUAAAUGACUCAUGAGUGGGACGUUAACUGUUAACUGACUCAUGAGUGGGACGUUUACUGUUAAAUGACUCAUGAGUGGGACGUUUAUUGUUAAAGGACUCAUGAGUGGGACAUUUACUGUUAAAGGACUCAUGAGUGGGACGUUUACUGUUAAAUGACUCAUGAGUGGGACGUUAACUGUUAAAGGACUCAUGAGUGGGACGUUUAUUGUUAAAUGACUCAUGAGUGGGACGUUAACAGUUAAAUGACUCAUGAGUGGGACGUUUAUUGUUAAAGGACUCAUGAGUGGGACGUUAACUGUUAAAGGACUCAUGAGUGGGACGUUAACUGUUAAAUGACUCAUGAGUGGGACAUUUACUGUUAAAUGACUCAUGAGUGGGACGUUAACUGUUAAAGGACUCAUGAGUGGGACGUUUAUUGUUAAAUGACUCAUGAGUGGGACGUUAACUGUUAAAUGACUCAUGAGUGGGACGUUAACUGUUAAAUGACUCAUGAGUGGGACGUUAACUGUUAAAUGACUCAUGAGUGGGACAUUUACUGUUAAAUGACUCAUGAGUGGGACAUUUACUGUUAAAUGACUCAUGAGUGGGACAUUUACUGUUAAAUGACUCAUGAGUGGGACAUUUACUGUUAAAUGACUCAUGAGUGGGACGUUAACUGUUAAAGGACUCAUGAGUGGGACAUUUACUGUUAAAUGACUCAUGAGUGGGACGUUAACUGUUAAAGGACUCAUGAGUGGGACGUUUAUUGUUAAAUGACUCAUGAGUGGGACGUUAACUGUUAACUGACUCAUGAGUGGGACGUUUACUGUUAAAUGACUCAUGAGUGGGACGUUAACUGUUAAAUGACUCAUGAGUGGGACGUUAACUGUUAAAGGACUCAUGAGUGGGACGUUUAUUGUUAAAUGACUCAUGAGUGGGACGUUAACUGUUAACUGACUCAUGAGUGGGACGUUAACUGUUAACUGACUCAUGAGUGGGACGUUAACUGUUAACUGACUCAUGAGUGGGACGUUAACUGUUAACUGACUCAUGAGUGGGACGUUUACUGUUAAACGACUCAUGAGUGGGACGUUAACUGUUAAAGGACUCAUGAGUGGGAUGUUAACUGUUAAAUGGUGGGACGUUUACUGUUAAAUGACUCAUGAGUGGGACGUUAACUGGUAAAUGACUCACGAAUGGGACGUUAACUGUUAAAUGACUCAUGAGUGGGACGUUAACUGGUAAAUUACUCAUGAGUGGGACGUUAACUGUUAAAUGACUCAUGAGUGGGACGUUAACUGUUAAAUGACUCAUGAGUGGGACGUUAACUGGUAAAUGACUCAUGAGUGGGACGUUAACUGUUAAAUGACUCAUGAGUGGGAUGUUAACUGGUAAAUGACUCAUGAGUGGGACGUGAACUGGUAAAUGACUCAUGAGUGGGAUGUUAACUGUUAAAUGACUCAUGAGUGGGACGUUAACUGUUAAAUGACUCAUGAGUGGGAUGUUAACUGUUAAAUGACUCAUGACUGGGACGUUAACUGUUAAAUGACUCAUGAGUGGGAUGUUAACUGGUAAAUGACUCAUGAGUGGGACGUUAACUGUUAAAUGACUCAUGAGUGGGAUGUUAACUGGUAAAUGACUCAUGAGUGGGAUGUUAACUGUUAACUGUUAAAUGACUCAUGAGUGGGACGUUAACUGGUAAAUGACUCAUGAGUGGGAUGUUAACUGUUAACUGUUAAAUGACUCAUGAGUGGGACGUUAACUGGUAAAGAGCUCAUGAGUGGGGCGUAAACAGUUAAAUGACUCAUGAGUGGGAUGUUAACUGUUAACUGGUAAAUGACUCAUGAGUGGGACGUUAACUGGUAAAUGACUCAUGAGUGGGGCGUAAACAGUUAAAUGACUCAUGAGUGGGAUGUUAACUGUUAACUGGUAAAUGACUCAUGAGUGGGAUGUUAACUGUUAACUGGUAAAUGACUCAUGAGUGGGAUGUUAACUGUUAACUGGUAAAUGACUAAUGAGUGGGAUGUUAACUGUUAACUGGUAAAUGACUCAUGAGUGGGAUGUUAACUGUUAAAUGACUCAUGAGUGUGACGUUAACUGUUAACUGGUAAAUGACUCAUGAAUGGGAUGUUAACUGUUAACUGUUAAAUGACUCAUGAAUGGGAUGUUAACUGUUAACUGUUAAAUGACUCAUGAGUGGGACGUUAACUGUUAACUGUUAAAUGACUCAUGAGUGGGACGUUAUCUGUUAAAUGACUCAUGAGUGGACGUUAUCUGUUAGGACUCAUGCUACCUGCACUUCACAUAGAUCUUAUUGUUUGAAACCAAACCAAAAUGCUCACAUUGUGGAAGAUUCUCUCAUAAGCUUCAAACAUGUAUUACAAAUCAAGAGGGUAUACAUAUCUAUUCUAUAUUUUGAGACAAUAGAGAUGAAUGGGAUUGACACAUUGUGGAUAGAAAGGAUUUAGCGUAAAUCAUGCGUUGAUGUCAAUGGGAAGAUUUGGGGUGUGUGUUCACCUGAAUUAAAAUCAUAAUACUUAUGUUAUCAUUC